AUGGGCCCUUCGAAUCAGGCCAACUUGGCUACUUCCUACAACAACAUUGGCUUGGUGUAUUAUAACAUGGGCGAGUACUCGAAAGCACUUUCAUCGCACAAACGAUCACUUGAAAUCAAAAAAAUAGCUCUCCCUCCGAAUCAUCCCGACUUGGCUGCUUCCUACGACAACAUCAGUUUGGUGUAUGAUAACAUGGGCGAGUACUCGAAAGCACUUUCAUCGUAUGAACGAUCACUUGAAAUCAAAACAAUAGCUCUCCCUCCGAAUCAUCCCGACUUGGCUUCUUCCUACAACAACAUCGGUAAUGUGUAUUAUAACAUGGGCGAAUACUCGAAAGCACUUUCAUCGUAUGAACGAUCACUUGAAAUCCGAAAAAUAGCUCUCCCUCCGAAUCAUCCCGACUUGGCUAAAUCCUACAACAACAUCGGUAUGGUGUAUGAUAAUAUGGGCGAAUACUUGAAAGCACUUUCAUCGCACGAACGAUCACUUGAAAUCAAAAAAAUAGCUCUCCGUCCGAAUCAUCCCGACUUGGCUGCUUCCUACAACAACAUCGGUUUGGUGUAUGAUAGCAUGGGCGAGUACUCGAAAGCACUUUCAUCGUAUGAACGAUCACUUGAAAUCAAAACAAUAGCACUCCCUGUGAAUCAUCCCGACUUGGCUUCUUCCUACAACAACAUCGGUAAUGUGUAUUAUAAAAUGGGCGAAUACUCGAAAGCACUUUCAUCGUAUGAACGAUCACUUGAAAUCCGAAAAAUAGCUCUCCCUCCGAAUCAUCCCGACUUGGCUGCUUCCUACAACAACAUCGGUAUCGUGUAUGAUAACAUGGGCGAGUACUCGAAAUCACUUCCAUCGUAUGAACGAUCACUUGAAAUUCGAAAAAUAGCUCUACCACUGAAUCAUCCCGACUUGGCUGCUUCCUACAACAACAUCGGUAUGGUGUAUUAUAACAUGGGCGAGUAUUCGAAAGCACUUUCAUCGAAUGAACGAGCACUUGAAAUCCGAAAAAUAGCUCUCCCUCCGAAUCAUCCCGACUUGGCUGCUUCUUCCAACAACAUCGGUGCUAUGUAUAAUAACAUGGGCGAGUACUCGAAAGCACUUUCAUCGUAUGAUCGAUCACUUGAAAUCAAAAAAAUAGCUCUCCCUCCGAAUCAUCCCGACUUGGCUGCUUCCUACAACAACAUCGGUGCUAUGUAUAAUAACAUGAGCGAAUACUCGAAAGCACUUUCAUCGCACGAACGAUCACUUGAAAUCCGAACAAUAGCUCUCCCUCCGAAUCAUCCCGGCUUGGCUGCUUCCUAUAACAACAUCGGUUUCGUGUAUUAUAACAUGGGCGAGCACUCGAAAGCACUUACAUAUUAUGAAAAGGCGGAAGACAUAUGGAAAAAAUCACUACCUUCAAAUCAUCCACAUAUUACACUUGUGAAAAGAAACAUUGACAAUGUAAAAAAGAAAAUGUAA